UUCUGUUCUUGGACCUUAAACACAAGAAGAAGAAGAAAAACCCAUAUAAACGAAUUCUCUUAUUUUACCAUUUGAUUUGAUUGUUUUCUUGAAGGUAGCUGCAAGAAAUGGAUGCAAGGAAGAUUAAUCUUCACGUUUUAUUACUCCCUUUCUUACUCAUCACCGCAGUUCCAUCGAUUCUUGGGUUGAGUACGAGAGGCAAUACUAGAUCGGAGACGGAAGUACUAUUGCAUGGCGGAGAGUACUUCCCGGUGAUGAAGAGCAGGAAGUUAAUGCCUACAAACUUGGAAGUUGAUUAUUCAGGUGAUUAUGAUGAUGGAGCAUCAUUGGCAUCACCAUCACCACCAGUUCCUGAUUAUGAUGAUGAUAUCUAUAAAAGGCAAGGUGAUGUUCCAAGCCCCGGUAUUGGCCACUGAUAAUACGUUUCAUGUGUAUACUGAUACACACAUAUAUACACAUUUUGCGUUAUAUAUUUAUACACACAUGUUUACUUGUUUAUAUAUGUUUUUGUCCUAAUAAGGUCGUCUCCAUGUGAUCAUUUUUUGUUUUGUUUUUUUUUGUCAUUUUCAUUGUUUUAUUGUUUUUCAAAAUGAUGAACUCCUAUGGAAUUUCCUUAAUUCCUUGUGUUAAUUUGAGCUUCUUGUAUGUAUGUAUGUAAUAAUAGUGUACUCGUUAGAUAAACCUGCAUUAGUCCUAUGUAAAAACGGUUUUGCUUACUGAAAGAUGUUACAUAAAAUUAUUAUUUU